AUGACUAGCCCCAAUUCUUGGGAGGACUGCAGAACAGAGAAAAUGUUGCCGGAAGAUCAACUCAAAGAGUCUCUUUACGAGCCCUACUCUUGUAACUUCGAUGUAGGAACACUGGAUACCCCGUUAGACAACGAGCCUUUCAUGCCUGUCGAAAUGCAUGACCAGGUUAUUGAUCCCCCCCAUCAGAACACCAAUGAAUUCGAUACCGCCUAUCCGGAGCACAUGCUUAGCAACUACAUGUCUGAAGAAACUUUCAAUCAUAAUAAUUUGGAGAACCUUUCACAGAUCAAUUACUCCAAUCUUGCUUGCCCUAUUUACAAACCCGACCACAACCCUGACCACACCCACAUUGGCGGCACGUCAGAUUACGAGCGGUACCAUGCUAAAUUCUUUGAUAUGAACUCCGAACCUGAGUCGGAGGACCCUGUACCGGGACCUGUGCAAGAGCCUGUGCAAGAACCUGAGAAGUACCGUCAGUACCCGGAGGCUUUUAUGGAUCCACGCCUUUUCAUGCACGAUCCCCCCUCUUGGGUCUACCCCAAGCAGGAAAACAACGGCCCCGAUCUGCUAUCAAUGCCACAACCAAGUUCCCCGGGACUCAUUCAGAACAUUCAGUCUAUGGAGCCUUUGUUGGCGGAGCAGUCUUGGGUUUCCUAUGUAACACCAGCGCCCUACACUGAACCGAUGUCCUACCCGGAACCGUCCUACACAGGACUAAGACCCCGUGCUGAGCAGAUGUCCAAUGCACAAUCUGCAUUCCACAUGAACCCGGUCUUGCAUCCUAAACCGGUAUCUUAUUCGGAAUCGAUGUCUUAUCCGGCACCCGUCUCUUAUCCAGAUCCCGUAUCUUAUGUGGGGCCAGUCUCUUAUCCGGAGCCGAUAUCUUAUCCAGAAUCCGUAUCUCCCCCGGCAUCAAUGCCCUAUAAGGAAGCUGUAGUCCGGCCCCAGCCCCGGCCACUGGAAGGCAAUAGCUCACAUCCCUUCCGUCUGCGUCCCGACCCCAUCACCAUGCCUGCUACCCCCCCUCCCGGCGCUUGUGUCCAGAGCCCCAAGUAUGACAGUUACUACUUCAAUAAGGUUCCUGCAAUGCAGUACGGACAGAGAGUGGGGCAGUUUAUUUCCGAAUUUCAAGUUCGCUCUAAGACCCCCUGCGCCGAACCGGUGGUCAACAGCCCUGGACGCAACCAGCGCCAAACGAGCCUAUCCCCGGAAGAGCGCCUGAGGAACGCAUUCUAA